AUGGCAGACCCGACUCCCCUGGCUUCUCUCUCCCUGACCCACGUCCACUAUGAUCCCAACGACCCCAUAUCCUAUCUUUGCGCGUGGCUCGCGCUCGUUCCCCAAGGCCUCUGCGUCGUCUACGCAACCCUGAUAUGGUCGACGCGCGAGAUCGAGAUCCUGCUCAUGUUCGCCGGGCAGCUGGCCUGCGAAGCCUUAAACUUCGCGCUGAAGCGUAUCCUGAAGGAGGAGCGCCCGCGGCAGAUGCAUGGAAAGGGCUACGGGAUGCCCAGCUCGCACGCCCAGUUCGUGGCCUUCUUCUCCGUGUCCCUGGCGCUGUUCUUGCUUUUCAGACAUGUGCCCAAGAGCCCCGCACCGUCGCAUACCCCGCUGUCAAUGGGCGCGAGGCUUGGGUUGAGUGGGUUGGCGUUGGUGGGAGCGGGGCUGGUAGCAUGGAGUAGGGUUUAUCUGAGUUAUCAUACACCGAAGCAGGUGUUGGUCGGUUGCUUGGCGGGGGUGAUCACUGCUGUGGCAUGGUUCCUGGCUACGACUGCAGCUAGGCAGGUUGGGCUGGUUAGAUGGGCACUCGAUCUUUGCAUUGUGAGACUCUUCAGGAUGAGAGACCUGGUGGUGGAAGAGGAUUUAUGCCAGGCAGGGUGGGAGAAAUGGGAAGUGAAGAGGACAGCAUCUGCUAAUACAAAGAAGCGGUGA